AUGCUCCCAACUCGCACGCUUGCUGCGGCGAGCAGGGCUGCGGCGACGAGGGGCGUCGGCACCAGUAGCAACCGCGUCCUGACUCUCAGCUCCAGGCCGCCCUCUUCACUAGCUUCGACAUCUUCUCCGCCUCUGUCCACCAUCUACGGCGGCCGCAUGUCCAGCCGGAGGCAGCGUGGCUUCGACCUCAACGCAGCAUCUGGACCACGAGUCCGCAGCCUGCACUGCACUGCCGCCCUCUCCGCGGCCUCCGCCGCACCACCACCACCACCGGACCCGGAAAAGGUGCCCACCACGCAGCUGCGCAACAUCUCGAUCAUUGCUCACAUCGACGCCGGCAAAACGACCCUGACAGAGCGGCUGCUCCACCUCACCAAUGCACUAUCGCCUCCGGUGCCUGGAUCGACAAAAUCGAGCAUCAGCGGGACGCCCGGCGAUGUCGACAGCGGCAGCACCGUCACCGACUUUCUCGAGCAGGAGCGACAGCGUGGUAUCACGAUCCAGUCGGCCGCCGUGGGUCCCGUAUGGUGGUCACCCUCGACCGUGACCAAGCCCAAGACGAGCGACCAGGUCGGCAUCACCCUCGUCGACACGCCCGGUCACAUCGACUUUGGCAUCGAGGUGGAGCGCGCCCUCCGCGUCGUCGACGGCGCCGUCGUGGUGCUCGACGGCGUCGAGGGAGUCGAGGCACAGACUGAAAUGGUCUGGAAGCAGGCGGCGCGCUACGACGUCAAGAGUCUAUUGCUCUUCGUCAACAAGCUCGACCGCACCGGCGCAUCCCUCUCACGCUCCGUUCGCAGCAUCCUCGCCAGCGGACUGCACGCCCAGCCCAUCGUCCUCCAGCUCCCGCUACCGCCCGCCAACGCCAACGGCGAUGAGGCGGGGAUCGGCGGUGUUCUUGACCUGCUCAGUAUGCAGAAGCUCACCUUCUCCGGCAAGGCCGGCGAGAUUGUGACGCGGACAGCAUUCGUCAAGGGCCAGAAGGAGAGUGAGGCGGCGCUGUGGGACGAGGCCGUCAAGGCACGCCACGCUCUCGUCGAGACGCUCGCAUCGCAUGACGACGAGCUGCUCGAGGAGCUCUUUUCGCAACCCUCUAGUUCCAACGAGGAGCCGCACGCCUCGAUCUCGGAGCAGUCCAUCAAGGCGGCCAUCCGGAGGCAGACGUUGCGCGGCAGUGUGCUGCCCGUGCUGUGCGGCUCGGCGGCCAAGAACAUCGGCGUGCAGCCGCUACUCGAUGCCGUGGCCGAGUUCCUGCCAAGUCCCAACGAUAAGCCAGCCGUUGUUGGCACCGUCGCAGCUCAGCAGGGCCGCUCCCGGCACGGCAAGGGCGCUGCCAAUGCCGGUGCAGCCAAGGCAGCUGCGCAGCCCGAUGGCCAGGCUGCCGAUGCCUCGACGAAGACUGACGAGGUGACGAUCCCGAUCGACGACAAGCGCACCACGCUGCUUGCCUUCAAGGUGGUCCACGACAAGCGGCGCGGGCCGACGACGUUUGUCCGCGUCUACUCGGGCACGCUGCAGCGCAGCACCUCGCUCUUCAACACCACGACGCAGUCGCGCGAGCGGCUAUCGCGCCUGCUCCUGCCGUUUGCCGACCAGUACAUCGAGACCAACACGCUGCGCGCGGGCCAGAUCGGCGUGCUGCUCGGUCUCAAGGACACGCGGACCGGCGAUACCCUCGUCGACUCCAAGGCGGCCGCAGAUGCCGGUCACGGUCACGGAGGGGGGCGUCACGGCGAUGCCUCGACAGCGACCGACGUCAAGUCGCUCCGCCUCAAGCGGGUCCACGUGCCGCCACCCGUGUUCAGCAUGAGCAUCGAGCCGCGCUCCAAGUCGGACGAGCCGGCGGUGCUCGAGGCACUGGCGAUGCUGGUGCGUACCGACCCCUCGCUGCGCCUCGACGACAGCGCCUCGUCCGGGACGAGCGCCGGCGCCGCUGCCGCCUCGGCGGGUACGGGCACAGGACAGACGGUGCUGAGCGGCAUGGGCGAGCUGCACCUCGAGAUCGCAAAGGACCGGCUGGAGAAUGAGUUCAACGUGCGGGCGAGCAUGGGCGGGGUGCGCGUCAGCUUCCGCGAGACGCUGGCGGACAGCGUCGACGAGCGCGGCCUCACCAUCGAGGACGUGCUGGACCGCGAAAUGGGCGGCAAAAAGGUCAAGGUCGGCUGCCGGCUGCACGUCCGGGCGCUGCGCGACGACGAGGAGGGCGAUCCGGCACUGGGCGGCAACCGGAUCGAGGUGAGGCUGGACCAGGGCGGCAGCGGCGACGAUGCCGCGGUCGCAGCUGCCAAGGACGCAGCCCGGAAGAAGGCCGCGCCUGGCGCCGAGGACGAACGGGACAUCGAGCAGUACGUCUCCGAGGAGGCCGAGGAGCGCCGGCGUGCUCGCGGCGGCAGCGCCAACGCCAACGCCAGGACAAACACCGCGACGGCCGAGAGGAGCGCGGACGACGCCUCGACGGGCCUGGCGGGGAUGGACCUGACCUCGCUGCUCAACUCUUUCCGCUCGGGUGCCAUGGCCGCCCUGUCUCGCGGGCCGCUGACGUCGAACCCGCUCACCAACCUGCACCUGACGAUCUCGCACCCGCAACUCUACGGUCCGGAGCUAUCGACGCCCUCGUCAAUCUCGUUGCUGGUCACAACGUUGCUCCGUCGCGUCCUGCACCCGCUUCCGCCCUCGCCCAGCGUGACGGCGGCAGAGGGAGGCGGCGGCGGUGCCGCUGCGGGUGCGAGGGGUCCGGGCGGCGGCGGCAGCGGCAGCGGUAAUGCGGCAUUGACGACGCUGAUGGAGCCAGUGAUGCUGGUCCGCCUGUCGAUUUCGGCGCAGGAUCUAGGCAAGGUCGUUUCGGACCUGACAAACGAGCAGGACGGGACGGUGCUCGACGUCGAGCACUCGACCGACGAUGCGUCGGCCUCUGGCUCUGCAGGCACACCGGGCGGCGACGAGGGGGUCUAUAUCCCCUCGGAGUCGCUCGAGGUUGGAUCCCUCAACGACCUCGCCUCCUCGAGCGGGGGCGGUGCGGGAGGAAAGGGCCAGCAGACGGUGGUGCACGCCAGCGUGCCGCUGGCGCGCCUGGUGCGGUACAGCAGCCGGCUGCGCGCCCUGACGGGCGGGAGCGGCAGCUUUGACAUGCAGCUCAGCGGGUUCAUGAAGGUUUCCAAGGCGAGGCAGGCCGAGAUCCUCGAGGAGCUGGGACGGUGA